UGUCUACCUGAGUUCGAUAAUCACACGGUUGGUAUCAGAGGUUUGUCAAACGAGGAUUUACCCUUCUCGCAGUAGUUCCUCGGGUGCGAUCCGCGGACGUGGUGGUAAAACUUUCUUCCUCUACGCAAAGCUUUCGACGGCGCGAGUGCCAGCGCACAGUGUAGAUCGGGGUUUAGUCUCUCUUCCGCCGCGAUAUGGAACCCUCGGAGAUUGGCGACGAGGCCGAGGAGCAACAGGCAAGAUAUACCGAACACACUUCGACGGAACCCAAAAAAUAUACGAAUGGACAGCAAACUGACAAGCUAGAACCACCUUCUAAUUCGCAAAGGUUUAGAUCCAAUUCGGUGGUUGAUUCUGGCAGCUUUCAAAAAUAUCGUGCGGUUCUUGCCAGGACCCGAAGUCGGAGCAAAUCUGUAUCUUCUACCGAUUUCUUUAUAUCAGCAGAGCAGUAUGAUAGUUUUACGGCCAGUUUCGCUGUCGCGGAAACAUCCCAAGCCCAAGCCAAUGAGAAAAAAAUAGACACAAUCGACGCUAAAGUCACAGUCCCAGUAACGAAAGACAAAGAUCCUACUUGUACCAUCAAAGGACCCGUUGUAUUUACGGCGGUAUCAAAGGACGCAGAUUGCUAUAACAUGAAUCACAAAAAUCGCGGCAAGUGCAUAAUCUUCAAUCACGAGAGAUUUGACUUUACAAAUUUUUCCCAACGGGAGGGCUCAUCAUUGGACGCCAAGAGACUGGAAGUAACUUUCGGGAAUCUUGGAUUUGACGUGGAAGUUUACGAUGACUUCACGCAUAGCGAAGUUAUGGACAUGUUACAAGACGUGAGCAAUCUCGAUCAUACGGAUAAUGACUGUCUCUGCAUCAUUGUGCUAACUCAUGGGACCGAGCAUGAUAUGAUAUGCGCGAAGAACGCCAUUUACCAAGUCGACGUGCUUUGGAAGCCCUUCACCGCUGAUAAAUGCACAUCGCUCGCGGGCAAGCCUAAGCUGUUCUUCAUCCAGGCUUGCAGAGGGAAAGCAGCCGACAGUGGUAUUAAAAUAUCUCCCCGCACUCUAAGACACACUGAAACUGACACGGUGCCUUAUUAUACUAUUCCGACUCACGCAGAUUUUCUGAUGGCUUACAGCUCGAGGCAAGGCUUCUUUACCUGGAGAAAUCCCACGGAAGGCACAUGGUAUAUACAAUGCUUGUGCGAUAUUUUGGAUGAAUACGGGACAACGAAGGAUUUGAUGAGUAUAUUGACACUGACGGCGCGAAAGGUCGCUACGAACUUCUCCUCCGUUAAUGCCGAAGAUUUAGCCUUCCACGACAAGAAGCAGGUGCCGUCGGUGACGACUAUGCUUAUUAGAAACGUUUACUUCCCACCAAAAUUGGAGGCCCAAAAAUCACAUCUACUAAAAUCGGAUUCGCCAAACUUGAGCCAACCAGAACAGGAGUAAGAAAACUGAGCAGAGCAGAGAAAAGAAGAGCAGAAAACUGAUAAAAGUGCAGAAUUUUUUAAUUACUUAAGAAUUAAACAACAAUACUUCUUAUUGUAUGAAACGACAGAAUAAGGAAGAUUCAAAUCUACGCGCUAAAAAAAUAAGUACAAGGUCUUUUGAAGAAAAAGAACAUUUCUCGCUUUGUACGCGUUAACAUCUUUAUUUGUUUGAAAUAUUCCAAGAAGUAUUUUGAUAAUGUUAUGUCGUUCAUAUCUUAUUGAAAUUGAAAUAUACUGUGCUUUCGAGACUA